AUGUCACCACCAUCGCCCAGUACAAUCUCCACGAUGGAGUCUCAACCUGUCACCAUGGUAUUCUUCGAUCUUGACAACACAUUAUUCGAUCAUAAACACUCUCUAUACCAGGCCAUGUCCGCCGUACGACAUAUAUCGCCGCUCCUUCAUGAUAUCCCGUUGAAGGUGCUCAUCGAGAAGUACAACGAAGCACUUAAUCAUGCCUACGACAGAUAUCUCCGAAAUGAGACAGCAUACGAGGAUCAAGAUGCAGAAAAAAAGAAUCGAAGCGCUAUGCCGGGAAGUAUCCGGACCCUGACUAGACUUCGGGAGAAUGGUUAUCGCACUGCUAUUAUCACGAAUGACCAGACCGACAACCAGGUGGAGAAGGCUAGAGCCAUUGGUGUGUUAGAUCUCGUUGAAUGCAUCACCACAUCCGAAGAAGUUGGCCAUCCCAAGCCUGAUGUCAGGACCUUCCAGUAUGCUUUGGAAAAGCUGGAGGUGAAACCAUAUUGCGCGUAUAUGGUUGGCGAUUCUGUCGAGGCUGAUAUCAAGGGUGCUAUUAAAGCGGGAAUAACGCCUAUUCUGUACGCGCCUUCUUCCAACAGCUCAUUGGAAGUCUUGUUUGAGAGGGAAGUUCCGGUUAUUCGCCAUUUUGACCAGCUACACAUGGUUUUGGUGCUCCCGUUGAAAACCAUCUUGAACCGAGUUUCCCCACACCGAGACAGAUGA